CUGAGACCAAAACAAAACAAAACGUACAAUUCGAAAAGAAAAAUCCAUUGAUAUUAUUUGAAUUUUUUGAAUUGAAUUUAAAAAAAUCGUUGCCAUAAUUUAUAUGUGAUAGUUAGAAAAUAUGUCAAUGCCAAAAUUGACCGAUUAUGAAUUAUUGGAAAUGAUUGGCAGUGGCAGCUAUUCAGUGGUCCAUCGUGCAAAGCAUAAAGAUACAAAAUUAUCGUUUGCUAUAAAAUGUGUGGCCAAAGCAAAUCUUUCGAAAAGUUCCACCGACAACUUGCUCAGGGAAAUAAAAUUGCUGAAAACCCUCAAACACCAACAUAUUGUCGAAAUGAUUGAUUUCAGAUGGGAUGAAAAAAAUAUUUAUAUAAUCAUGGAAUUGUGCAACGCAGGAAAUUUAUCAACUUACAUUAAAAGACAUUUUACCUUACCUGAAACCACGUGCAAAUUUUUCAUGAAACAAUUAGCAUCAGCCAUGCAAUAUAUGCGAUCCAAUAACAUUAGCCACUUUGAUUUGAAGCCACAAAAUUUGCUAUUGAUCAAAUCACCAAAUUUAAUGUUGAAAGUGGCUGAUUUUGGAUUUGCGCAAUAUUUAACACCGAACGAAGAAAACACUGUGAUAAAAGGUUCACCAUUAUACAUGGCACCUGAAAUACUUCUAAAACAUUGUUAUAAUCCCUCGGCUGAUUUAUGGAGUAUCGGUGUCAUUUUGUACGAGUGUAUUUUCGGUCGAGCGCCAUAUAGUUCAAAGACACUAGAUGAAUUACUGCAAAAAAUUAAGGCCAAACAAAAAAUUACAAUUUCAUCAACAGCAGCAAUUUCGUUAGAUUGUCGUGAUAUUAUGACACGUUUAUUAAUUCAUGAUCCAGAUAAACGAAUCAGUUUUCAACAGUUUUUUGAACAUCCAUUCCUCGAUUUAAAGCAUGAUGCAUCUGAUGAGAAUCUUGCAAAGGCCAUUCAAAUUGUGACAAUAGCAGUUGAAAAGGAUGAAAAAAAGAAUUACCGAGAGGCAUAUUAUGCAUACUGCGAAGGAUUACAGUAUUUUGUGCCACUGAUAGCUGCCGAAUCGGAUGAAAAUAAACGAAAAUUAUUACAAGAACGUGCAACCACUUAUAUGGAACGAGCUGAAGAGAUUCAACGGUCUUUCCUA